UAAUUCUUACACCCUCUGCAGUACGGAAGUGUGCACAGUUCUGUUGCAGAUAUCGCGCUGUUUUUUCUCACACUUGUUAGUAGGUUAGUGCGCAUUUCUAGACGUGACCUCACGCCGGUUUAUUGCGGACCUGCACUCGAACACGACCCGAACAAUACAUUAAUAUCGUGCCUCGGAUUAUUUCAGACCUAAAAUGGGGCGUGGCUUCGCUGUUUUUUUUUUAACACCACCGCGGUGAAAGGAGACGCAGAGAGGGGGCGGAGCUUCCAGCCAACCGGGAAGCGGAGCGCGAGCGAACCGGAGCGGCGGAGCUGCGCGCUGCGUUCGACGGGGAGAUUUUCGGGGCGUCGAGAAUUACAUCCCGACCUCUCUCCCUCUCGUUCUCCCUCUCCUUUCUUUCUUUUUCUUUUUUCUUUUUUCUUUCAUUUUUGGAGUAAUCGUUCCGGACAUGGCCGACCCAGGAGCGGACGGGGAUGACGGGGCUGCGCGCGGUUUCGCACGACAGGGCGCGCUGCGGCAGAAGAACGUGCACGAAGUGAAGGACCACAAGUUCAUCGCGCGCUUCUUUAAGCAGCCCACCUUCUGCAGCCACUGCACCGACUUCAUCUGGGGUUUUGGAAAGCAGGGCUUUCAGUGCCAAGUGUGUGCUGCCGUAGUACACAAACGCUGCCAUGAGUUCGUCACAUUCUCCUGCCCGGGAGCAGACAAGGGGCCUGCAUCAGACGACCCCCGCAGUAAACACAAAUUUAAGGUGCACACUUAUUCAAGUCCCACCUUCUGUGACCACUGUGGAUCUCUACUUUAUGGACUCCUACACCAGGGGAUGAAAUGUGACACCUGCAUGAUGAACAUUCAUAAGCGCUGUGUGACCAACGUCCCGAGUCUGUGUGGGACGGACCAUACGGAGAGGAGAGGACGCCUGCACAUCAGCGCCAACAUCAAAGAGAACACGCUGACCGUAACCAUCAGGGAUGCUCGGAACCUGGUGCCAAUGGACCCAAACGGCUUAUCGGACCCGUACGUGAAGCUCAAACUGAUUCCUGACCCCAAGAGUGAAAGCAAGCAGAAAACCAAAACCAUCAAGUGUUCCCUCAACCCCACCUGGAACGAGACCUUCAUGUUCAACCUGAAAGAGACGGAUAAAGACAGACGUCUGUCUGUGGAGAUCUGGGACUGGGAUUUGACCAGCAGGAAUGACUUCAUGGGUUCGCUCUCGUUCGGUAUCUCCGAGCUCCAAAAGCAAGGGGUCAGUGGCUGGUUCAAACUGCUGAGCCAAGAAGAAGGCGAGUAUUUUAAUGUUCCAGUCCAACCAGACGGAGAGGAAGGCAACGAGGAACUGCGGCAGAAGUUUGAGAGAGCCAGGAUCGGGCCAGGCAACAAGAACACCGACAGCUCGUCCUCUAACGACAUCUCCAAGUACGACGCCAACGGCAACCAGGACCGCGUCAAACUCUCCGACUUUAACUUCGUCAUGGUGCUUGGAAAAGGCAGCUUCGGAAAGGUGAUGCUAGCGGAGCGCAAAGGAACGGACGAACUUUAUGCUGUGAAGAUCCUGAAGAAGGACGUGGUGAUCCAGGACGAUGACGUGGAGUGCACCAUGGUGGAGAAGAGAGUUCUGGCUCUUUCUGGAAAACCACCUUUUCUCACACAGCUGCACUCAUGCUUUCAGACUAUGGACCGUCUAUACUUUGUGAUGGAGUACAUUAACGGUGGAGAUCUGAUGUACCAGAUACAGCAAGUUGGGAAAUUUAAGGAGCCACAUGCUGUGUUCUAUGCUGCAGAGAUUGCCAUUGGUCUGUUCUUUCUUCAUUUAAAAGGCAUCAUUUAUAGAGACUUGAAGUUGGAUAAUGUGAUGCUGGAUUCUGAAGGUCACAUCAAAAUCGCAGACUUUGGCAUGUGUAAGGAGAACAUGAUCGAUGGGGUGAACACCAAAACCUUCUGUGGAACUCCAGACUACAUUGCACCUGAGAUCAUUGCCUAUCAGCCAUAUGGGAAGUCUGUGGACUGGUGGGCAUAUGGCGUUCUGCUGUAUGAGAUGUUAGCCGGACAGCCUCCAUUUGACGGCGAAGACGAAGAUGAGCUUUUCCAGUCCAUCAUGGAGCACCACGUGUCCUACCCCAAAUCCAUGUCUAAAGAAGCCGUGGCUAUAUGCAAGGGCCUGAUGACGAAGCAUCCGGGGAAGCGUCUGGGUUGUGGUCCUGAGGGAGAGAGAGACAUUAAAGAACAUGCAUUCUUCCGCUACAUGGACUGGGAGAAACUGCAGAACAAAGAAGUUCAACCUCCAUUCAAACCAAAAGCUAAAAACCGGCGCGACACUGGCAACUUCGACAAGGAGUUCACCAAGAUGGCGGUGGAGCUCACUCCAACAGACAAACUCUUCAUCAUGAAUUUGGACCAAAACGAGUUCCAGGGCUUUUCCUACACCAAUCCUGAGUUUGUCAUUCAGGUCUAAGCUCUGGUCCGUGAUCGGCUUCUCUUCUUCACCACUGCAUUAACGUCUAUCUCUCUCCAAACGCCAGAUGAGGAGCUCGGCUUUUCCCGCCGCUCAUUUCCCCCACGGCCCGUCUGAUUCAGGGGGGGAAGGGAACAGAGAUCACCAACAAUCUUCAUAAUCUCCAUGAGAAUGUUUUGUCAUCUCCAUGAGAAUUAUUCAACCAUUCCCUCGAUUUACUGCUGGACAAAAAGAAAAUCCAAUUCGAAGUUUUAGUAAAUACAAAAUAAAAACAAUCCCGAUAUACAAUUACAGUCAGAUAGAAGAAAAUAAAUAGAUAUACUGGAUAUACAACCGAAAUUAUAAUAACUAAUAAAAGUUUUAGAAAUAAAUAAUACAUCACCAUCCAUGUUUUCUGUCCAAUUCAUCUCAUCUCAUUAUUAGCAUGCACACACCACUUUUGGUUUAUAAACAUAGGCAGCAUAUUUAGUGAUCAGAGCAGCGUAGACGACGUGUGGAAGCAUGAAUUCAUCUGAAGUUUGAAGUUGAGAUCAUUUGUUGUUAUAGUUAAUGGUGUUAUAAUGAUGUGUAUAAGUAUUCACUCCUCUUCACUCAACCUUUCCACAUUUUGAAGCAUGAUGGUGGUAGAAUCACGUGCAGAUUGACCUUAAGCCGUGUGUCCUUGUCCCAGACUUUAUAUUUAUAGCUUGGGACAAGCCACAGUUGCGUAUCAAUUUUUUUAAAUGAUAUUUUCAUGUUGCUUUAGAUGUAAAAAGUUUGAGAUCUUUUUUAAAACCCCUGUGUGAUAAACUUGGUGUUUAUGAUGCCAUUUGACAAACGUUCAAAAAAUGUGCUCUUAUUUAAUUUGACUUCAGUAUUAUGGUCUGUUUUGCGUAAAUCCGUGCCAUAAAAAUUACAAUUUCGCAUGCGUUUCGCUUACGCAGCGCAGGAAGGUUUAAGGGGGGUGAAUACUUAUGCACAGCUAAGGUGUUAGCGCUAUUUAUAUCCUGCUACCACAAUUUAAGUGUAAAAAAGAUCAAAUUUCCUGCGUGUGCAGACGCACGGUAGUUUUAAUGAUAAAGAGGAAACGUACGCAACACUAACAUUAUCGUAACAACAAU